ACCCGACAUUCCACACAUGCGAGGAAGCAACAGCUAGCAGCAGCAGCAGCCUCUACGUGUGUGUCAGCCACAAGGCGUAUUAUUAUGCAGAAGUUUAGAAAGGCCGAUUUUUCGCCCUGAGUAGACCUAAAAGCAACAUUCGACGAAACGCGGGCCGUAUCUAGAAAUCACAGGUCAUGGCCGGCCCUGGUAACUACUAGUUAUUAGUUUUUAUUUGGAGCUUGAAAUGUGCAAAAAGUCAGUGAGCGGUUCUCGACGUCGAACAAGAUGGCAGUAGUAGCAGCAGCAACACCGAUGCAGGGUUUGACGGUGGCGUUGCUUCUCGCUGCGAGCCUCUUUUACGCGAUGACUUAUUCGGUAUACGGGUCUUACUGAAGGUAUGGCCUCACAUGUCUUGAUUCAGCCAUCACACUUGCACUCAGCUCAAACAAGUGCCUUAGGAACCAGUAACAGCAAACACACAGGGGAAGCCCAUCACAGUAAUAACGCCACCAAAGCCUUUCCCAUAUCACCUCCACCUAGAACCUAUGUGAUCGGAGUCAACUACGGAAUUGCCCACCCGAACAACGUAUUCCCAUCAACAGUUGAUGACUUGGAAAGACUGCACUGGGCAACAACAAUUGAAGAGAGUGAGGAGAGGAGGCCUCACCUAUUGGGAUCGCAAACUGUAGAGAGGAGAGAAGAAAGCCUUGUUGGAAGCAAAGCUCAGGGGUCUCAUUGUGGGAACAAAGGUCCUCAGGAAAAGAGGCUAUUUGAAGAAGAAAGGGGCACAAGCGAAGGAGGCGCUGGACGUGUCAACCUAGACUCAGGUGUGAGCCAGAGAUGCAAACAGAAGAGAGGUGAAGUUAUACAACCGCGGCAGGAUAACAGCUCUGUUGGAACCAUGCAGAUAGUGGAGGAGGCAUCAGAGCUACCUUCACUGCCGGCUCCUACUAUAAUGUUGCAAACGGGGAAUCAUAAUGUUGCUAAAGGAGCAAGUAAGGGGGCACUGCCUUCUCAAGACAAGGUUGGAGAAUCGGUUGGCAUUGGGAAUGAAUCCAGUGGGAAAAAAAUCAGGUCUAACGUCACUACUGGGGCGAUGGCUCCCACAAACCGAUCAGGAACAGGAGAUGGUGACUAUCAGUUAGUUCAGCAUGAGGUUCUCUGCUCAGCGAAACACAGCUAUGAAGUGUUGGAUUUCCUCGGACGUGGCACCUUCGGUCAGGUGGUGAAGUGCUGGAAGAGGGGAACGAACGAAGUGGUGGCUGUCAAAAUACUGAAGAACCACCCGUCGUAUGCACGUCAGGGACAGAUUGAGGUGGAGAUCCUUGCUCGGUUGAGCAGUGAGAACGCAGAUGAGCACAAUGUGGUGCGCGCACUCGAGUGCUUUCAGCACCGCAAUCACACCUGUCUGGUGUUUGAGAUGCUCGAACAAAACCUGUAUGACUUCCUUAAGCAGAACAAGUUCAGCCCACUACCACUCAAAAUCAUCAGGCCUAUAUUGCUGCAGGUAGCAACAGCGUUAAAGAAACUGAAAUCCCUGGGUUUGAUUCAUGCUGACCUGAAGCCUGAGAACAUCAUGCUCAUAGACCCAUCCAGGCAGCCAUACAGAGUUAAGGUUAUUGACUUUGGGUCCGCCAGCCACACCUCAAAGGCAGUCUGCUCAACCUACCUGCAGUCCAGAUACUACAGAGCUCCAGAGAUUAUUUUGGGCCUGCCAUUUUGUGAGGCUAUUGAUAUGUGGUCAUUGGGAUGUGUUAUAGCAGAGCUAUUCUUGGGCUGGCCACUCUACCCCGGUGCUUUGGAAUACGAUCAGAUCCGCUACAUCUCUCAAACCCAAGGCCUACCUGCAGAACACCUGCUCAACAAAGGCACCAAGACGACUCGUUUCUUCCGUAAAGAAUCAGAAUCGCCUUACCCUUCGUGGAGACUUAAAACAACAGAAGAGCAUGAGAAAGAGACUGGACUUAAAUCCAAAGAAGCCAGAAAAUACAUCUUCAGCUGUCUAGAUGACAUUGCACACGUGAACUUUGUGUUGAGUCCUGACACCAGUGACAUGCAGGCAGAGAAAACCGACAGGAAAGAGUUUGUCUCUCUACUGAAAAGCAUGCUCCUGAUAGAUGCAGAGGACAGAACUGUUCCCUCCAAUGUCCUCAAUCACCCAUUCCUCACCAUGACUCAUCUGUUGGACCAGCCGCAUAGUAACCAUGUGCAGUCGUCUUUUCGCAUCAUGGACAUGUGCCACGGCCGCCCUAACAGUACAGUUUUUGAUGCGCUCAACCAGAACACCAUCCAUUUCUCCAGACCACCUGUUGGUCCCACUACUUCCUCUGGUCUCCCUCUAGCCUACAACAACAUACCAGUUCACACUCAGCAUAUUACGCAAUCAGCUCCUUCAGUGCUGCAUCCAGGGAUUGCUCUAACAGCAAGAAAUGCUCAGUUUGGAUGCAACGACUCCUUCCCUCCCAUUCUCCUUUGUCCAGCCAGCAUUCAAGGUAACCAUAACCAGUCAGUCAGGUACUCAGUUCCCAUGGUACCCCAGGCUCCCCCUCUUCAGGCUCUCCAAGUGAGGCCUAGUGUAAUGACACAGCCAGCCUGGUCUAACAGGGGUCAGCAGCUCCUGGUACAAGCAGCCUGGCCACAGAUGACUGCCGUCGGUGUGCCCUCGACUCACCCUGUCCCAGCACCACCAACAGCUUCCCUUACCAAUGACACUACAGUUUGCGGCCCAAGAAUCAGCGAGUGGGGGAAAGUGCGUUAUAGUACCUUGAUGCAACAGCCUCUGCUGACCAAUCACAUGCCAGCUGUCUCUGCGGAUCAGCCUCUCAACAUCGGCGUCGCGCAUGUUGUGUGGCCUCAGUCGGCUAAUAAAAGAAACAGGCAGCAGCAUCACAACAGGAACCUGUGCCACCCAAUUAACUACACAUCUCACUGUCGAUCGCCCAAAAUGGCCAAUGUUGUUGGUCAGGCCGUGUUAGGAAUCAGUAAAUCUCAGAGGGAGGUCCCUCUGGUGGAAACACAGCAGCAAACGCAUCUGAAUUUGGAUGAGGAUGAUUCACAAGAGGGGGUGAGCUGCGUCAAGGAGGAUGAACCCAACAAAGAAUUGCGGCGAGAUGUCGCUCAUCUCAUGGGUGACACACCAAGCCCGACGCCCAGUGCAAUCAGCAUCCACAGUGAACCAAUAGAUGGUGAAGAAGUAGAAGAAGACAAACCACAACUCUGCUGUCUAAGAGGAUGUAAAGAGGAUUGUGUAUGUGAGGUAUGCAGAAACACCAGUGUGACUAUGGAGAGAGUGUGUUCCCUUAGCAGUCCUGACAGUAGCCUCAGCACCAGUUCGUUUGCAUCCAACUCUUUGCCCUCCAGCCCAUCUGCAUCACCCCGCAAAAGACUCAACAGUAUGUCUGAAGAUGAUGGUCACGAGAGUGGCUGUGAAACUGUAGAAGGCUCCCCUGCAUCCAACACUUCAACAUCCCCCCGUGGCAGCAGUCCCUAUUGUUUUCUUGACAACAGUAACCACAACAGCCGCCCAACUUUUGAUGCUGUGCCACGAUUGCCUUCCCCUGCAGUCCAGGGUAGGAGUCCUCGAGAGCUCAGGACUAUGGUGGUUCCACCAAUGAGAGUCCAAAAUAACAACACUCAAAGAGCACAGGAGCGUUUCCACAGAACUGUGUCAGAGUCGUGGUCCCGAUCCAAAGGGCGCUGCAACAUUACUGGACAGCGGCGCAAUCCCUCCUCCAUCCCCUUCCUCCAAUCAGCGCCGCUUAUGUCGUGGCAACAAAAACUGCAGCAGCACCCACUGAGCCUUCGACAGGUCCAGCCAUUUGUUUCAAACCACAACAUCAAAGAGUGGAACGGCAACUAUGGUCCACUGCGACCUCACGCGUUUAUCCCCCCAACUAUCCACACACACAGCUUCCCCCACCCGCCUCACAGCAGCCCCAAGCACAAGUUAGGCGCCCCCCCCACACACACCCUGUUAUCUUACCCUCCUGGCGGACCCCUUACCGCAGCCCCCCACCCUAUGUUGGCCUCUCAUCCCGCUCCUCUCCUUCAACACGGCUACAGCCUCUCCCACGCCCAAGGGGGCGCUAUAGUUCACCAGGUGACCAUGGGCCUCGGCAGCCACUCCCAGCAUCCUGGCUAUCACAGGCUCCUCCCCUCGCCAACAGUCCACCCAAAUCAACCACCCGGCUAUGUCCACCACCCCCACCAGUUCAAGCCCGCCUUCCCCCCACCACUGCCCCCUUCUCACCCAUUUAUGGCUUCGCCAGCCGCCUACACAGGCUUCCCUCUGAGUCCUACCAAACUCAGCCACCACCCUCAGUUCUCUUAUAUUUGAGGAAACAAAUAGGGCCGCAGCACCAGCAAUGGGUCACCCCAUGGGUCUCAAAGGCCAAGGGCAAGUAGAGCUUGCAGUAGAGCACAAAAUAAACCCUUGUGAUGAGGAGAGGUGAACAAGCUAUCUAUUUGGCAAGAUGGCGAAAUAAUGUUCAAUUUGUUUUUGGAGGAGAGUUAAAUUCACUGCUUCUCUAAUCUGAAGGUUAGUCAUUGUAUUCACUUGUUGCGCUCGGAAAGAUUUCCUGUAAAAUCAUAUCUGUUAGCGGAUGAAUCAUGUCAGGCUUUAUUGCGAGAGCGUGAGACAAAACAUAUUAACAAAAAUUAAGGCUGUGUCCUUUGCACAUAAUCAUGUUUUCUUUGAGAAUCUGUCACUCGGCUACUUUUAGUUUUCAUCUGUUGCCUUGUAGCGUGUGCACACCACUCGCAUCUGUCAAAGCCAUGCUUGGAUUGAAGGCGCUCUUUGGGUGCUGCGAGUGCCUUAACUGCUAGCAGAGUCCAAGAUGUCACAUCAGGAGUGUGGGCUUUUCUUUUUUUUCUUUUUUUUUUGAUAAAUAGGAGGAGUCUUGUUUAAAUAUUGUUUUAAGUUCUGUUUGCUUGCUAACUCAGAGUAUGGUUUUACUUAAGAUACAGGCUGCACAUUUAGGGCUUUGACUGAAUGAUUUUUUUUUAUGUGUACAAAGAGUGAUUUGAUAUUUUGAUAAUCAAUUUCUACUCACUUAUAGUACUUAAUUCAUAACAGUAUUGUCACUGUUGACUAUAACUGCAAUACAAUCUAGAUAAGCCUCUGGGUUGCUAUGUGUGUUUGUUUUUCCCCAUGAGUUUGAUUUGCUGUUUUAGAUGUUUGGGAGUGGGAGACCUUAAAGAGAAUUUUUCUUUUUUUAAAAAGCUUCAGUGUUUGAAAUACAAAAUCAAGUAAUUUACAGUAUCCUUGCUGAGAUGUUAAAGGUAUAUCAGUACAUGUUUUUAACCUUCAACCUGUCCUAGGUUGAAGCCUGUCAGUUUUGUUACAUUCCUUCAGGGUGGAGUAUGUCUAGCCUUGCUAUUCUUUUGAUGGUUUCUUUGUUUUUUGUUUUGUGUGGAGUAGUGUUCAGCUGGUCUUUUAAGGCAGUCAGCACCAAAGACAUUGUUCAUCAAUCAUGUAUCGGAGGCACAGUUAAUGUUCUUUGCUCUUUCACCUCCAGCAAAUUGUUGCAGUUUGACGUUGAAUUAAAUAUUGUCAGAGAUCUAUUUUAGAAAUAAGGUUGAGGUUUUAUUUUUCUGAACUCUAUUUGGCAAAUUGCAUUUGGAAUGUAUAGAUAUUAAGCUGCUAUGUACUGAUUAUCUGCCACUUUGUAGCUGUGAAUUUAGAAGAUUAAUCUCAUUUAAGCCUGCAAUUUUCUCUGUAUUGUAGUUCUGGUGACUAGAAGUGGCUUUUACUUUGAUCAUAGAGGAUAAAUGCUCUCCCACAUACAUAUAGUGCCUCUUGUAUACCAGGUAUAAUGUUUUGAAGUGAUUUGUAAACUGCUGUAAUAGUUGAGCUUUUCUUUUUUUUGUUGUUGUUGUUUUGUGUGUGUGUGUGUGUAUGUGUGGGCCUUUUAGCAUCAGUAUUUCCUCUUGAAAUGUAGGCUUAGAUGAACUCUUUGCGUAACCAGUGUGGUGUUGACUUAUUUUUAUUGUCGUUUGUUUUGUGACUUGGCUUUUUCCUUAUCGGGCUGUAUUUGCGAUUCUUUGUACUGUACGACUAGUGCCUUUUCCCAGACGGGCUGACAGCGGAUGUCUCGUUGAUAUCAUGCAAAUGCGUGUACUAGUUCCUUCUUAGAGGACAUACCCCUAACUCUGACAUCACAGACAGUUUGAAAACAAUAUUUUUUACUCAGUAUCCUAAGAAACUACAAGUCAGGGCAUGUUUAUUGCGCUCAUCAAGAUCACUGCACAGUACUCACAAGCGUAGGACCUGAAUUUAGACAAACGCAAAGCUUUACUGUCACACCUGAAUGUAUUUGCGGAAACAGCGAAAUCUGUCGGAUAAUAAGAUACCUGAUCAAUGUGUGUGAUCAGAACAUAGAUGGUUCUUGUAUGCAGCUUUUAUCAUAGGUAGGCCUCGUGUUUUGUCAGGGGUUCUUCUAAAAUGCUUUAUCCAUGUAUCAAAGUUGAAGUUGCCCUCAUCUAUUUAUUGUAAUUGUUUUGUUCUGUUGCCUGUAUAAAAUGUACUUUAAUUUGCUACUGUGUUACCAAUCCCAAAUCAAAUGAGUGAUUUAACAGUU